CACAAAUUAUAACAAAUUAUUUCUGGUGAAUUUUCUAUCUGUAUUUUGCGCAUUGUUACUAUUAUUAAUUUUAUAUUUAACAAGAACUAAUAUUGAUUGAACACCAUUGAACACAGAUUUUACUUACCUUUAUAUUUUAUUCACUAAUUCAAAUAAAACAAUUGUGUGGAAGAAAAGGCGCGCACAGUAUUCAAAUUAAAUAUUGAAUCUUGAACAAUCCCUGAACAUUAAACAUAUACACAUACAUACAUAAAUAAAAGUAGGAACAGUUAAUAAUAAUAAGAAGAAGAACAGUGAUCGUUCAGCUCAUUUCCUCCUUCAUUUUUUACUACCAUAAGGAAAAGCAAAAACUAUAAACAGGAAAGAUACGCGCGUGUGUUUUGUAUACACCUGUGUAUGUAUGUGUGUGGAUGAUAAACAAAGAAUUGACGUCAAUUAUUGGAAUACUUCUACGCAUACUGUUGUUAUUAUAAAAAAAAAAUUAUCCAGAGAAGAUUUAACUUUUCUUAAGGAGAAUACACAUUUCACUAAAAGACAAAUAAAACAAUGGUACAAUGGAUUUAUACGUGACUGUCCAUCUGGUCAACUGAGCAAAAAGAAAUUUAUUGAAGUCUAUUCUGGCUUCUUUCCAGACGGUAAUGCUGAAGAAUUCUGUACACAUGUUUUUCGUACAUUCGAUAAAGACAAUUCAGGAAGGAUAGACUUUAAAGAAUUUCUACUAGCCAUCAAUAUCACAUCUGGUGGAGAUCCAGAGGAGAAAUUGGAAUGGGCUUAUCAAAUGUAUGACAUUGAUGGCAAUGGUACAAUAGAACGGACAGAAAUGGUUGAAAUUAUACGAGCUAUUUAUUCAAUGCUUGGCACAGACAAUACAGCUGUAGACAUAAGCCCUGAGGCUAGAGCUGAAGAAAUUUUCGAGAAAAUGGAUGAAAACGGCGAUGGUGUGUUAACACGUGAAGAAUUUAUGAAAGGUUGCAUGGAAGACAGUCAACUUAAGGCUAUGCUAUUGGCAGAUGAUCCAGUUGAAUAA